ACUUCUCGCCCCUGCAGGACUCUCGCGAGAGCAGUGUUUUCGCGCAGGGUACGUGCGGCUACUGUCACUUUCCGUCAUGGCGCUGAAGGUGACGACUGCAGCCUGUGGCGCUGCGAAGGCAGUCUUUAGACCGGUCAUUCUCUGCCGUCCUUGGGAGGUUCUAGGCACCCACGAGGUCCCCUGGAGGAGCAUCUCCUCAGUAACAAACCAUUCCCCCGUCGGCAAAGUAUGGUGGACGGCACACGGUGACAAUGAUCCCUGGGGAUGGCAUCGGGCCAGAGCUCAUGCUGCACGUCAAGUCUGUAUUCAGGCAUGCAUGUGUGCCAGUGGACUUUGAGGAGGUGCACGUGAGCUCCACUGCCGAUGAGGAAGACAUCCGCAAUGCCAUCAUGGCCAUCCGGCGGAACCGUGUGGCCCUGAAGGGCAACAUUGAAACAAACCACAAUCUGCCACCAUCCCACAAAUCCCGAAACAACAUCCUUCGCACCAGCCUGGACCUCUAUGCCAAUGUCAUCCACUGCAAGAGCCUGCCUGGGGUGGUGACCCGGCACAAGGACAUCGACAUCCUUAUUGUCCGGGAGAACACCGAGGGCGAGUACAGCAGCCUGGAGCAUGAGAGCGUGGCUGGAGUGGUGGAGAGCCUGAAGAUCAUCACCAAGGCCAAGUCCCUGCGCAUCGCUGAGUAUGCCUUCAAGCUGGCCCAUGAGAGCGGGCGCCAAAAAGUCACAGCCGUGCACAAGGCCAACAUCAUGAAACUGGGCGAUGGACUCUUCCUACAGUGCUGCCGGGAGGUUGCUGCUGGCUACCCCCAGAUCACCUUUGAGAGUAUGAUUGUGGACAACACUACCAUGCAGCUGGUGUCCCGGCCCCAGCAGUUUGACGUCAUGGUGAUGCCGAACCUCUACGGCAACAUCGUCAACAACGUGUGUGCAGGGCUGGUCGGGGGCCCAGGCCUUGUGGCUGGGGCCAACUAUGGCCAUGUUUAUGCAGUGUUUGAGACGGCGACCAGGAACACUGGCAAGAGCAUCGCCAAUAAAAACAUUGCCAACCCCACGGCAACACUGCUGGCAAGUUGCAUGAUGCUCGAUCACCUCAAGCUCCACUCCUACGCCACCUCCAUCCGCAAGGCCGUCUUGGCGUCCAUGGACAAUGAGAACAUGCACACCCCAGACAUCGGGGGCCAGGGCACCACGUCUGAGGCCAUCCAGGACAUCAUCUGGCACAUCCGCGUCGUCAAUGGCCAGGCCGUGGAGGCCUAG